AUGGAUUUGGAUGAUAUCGUUAAGGAGGUUGAUGGCAAACUUGUUACCAAAAUCGAUAUCGAUCCCCCAAUAGGCUGGACAAAUGAUUUCGAAGCUAUCAAUGGCUUUGAUUGGGCAGAUGAGGGCUGUAUUGCUGAGAUUAUUGAUGGGAUUGGCCUCAAAGGCAAGCCCAAGCCUCUCUUUGGUAACGAGGGCGAACAAAAGGAUGUUAUCUUUCAAGCUGGAGAGAAACUUUACGUCUACCAGCCCGACACUGAGGACGUCUUUCGUCUCCAGGACUACACGGAUAUAGGAUCGCUCGUGUCGGCUAUGAAUGAUUUGGGGUAUGGUGAAUUGAGAAUUAUUGAUCCUACAUACCCUUAG